UGAUUGUCAAUUCCUUCGUCUAUUUAUUCUCUCUCUUCCCCCGUGCACUCUCUCUCCACCUUUCUCUUUUUCUCUCUCCCGUUCUUCUUCCCGUGCUCUGCCUUUAAUUAAUCUCAUUGUCUGCCUUCUUUCUGGGUUUUUCAGAUUACAAGAUUGCUGAUUUGCGUUUCGAUUCUUGCAAAGUUGCUUUGAAAAAAAAACGAAAAGAAAGCCCUCAUCACAACGAGCAUGCGGUGGUAUAGCUUAUCAGUAGAUGUUUAUCGCAAAAUCAUCUCUCUCAACCUCUAUUGUCGUGUGAUUCUGUAAAGCCUAUCGAAGCUCUGUUAAAUUACGUUAUUACCCCUCCCGAUUUCUCGCUUUUAGCAAUCAUUUUCAAACUUUCAUCCAUGGGAACCAAUCUAUUUGUUGUCAUCCCUUGCUACUGUCGCUGGAUUAGUUGAAUCAAAACCCAAAACCCGUUCUAAUUUCAAUUAAAAAUCGCAUCUUUUUUAGAAUCUUUCGUGGGUUAUUUUCUUGGAUUGUUUAUCAAGAUCUUUAGGGGAGUUAAACUGAAUAUAAGAGUAGGUAAAAAGUAGUUAUGGUGUGUCAAUCAGCUGGACAAACAAGAUUUCGGGCUUUGAAACACGAAAAUGGAACAGCUGGGAGCGCCACCAUAAUUGUUAAAGUUAUAGCAUGCUUUCAACCUCUAGAUGAUUGUCAGGCCGAAUACUUCCGCCAUUUGCUUAAACCUUUAAUGGAAAAGGGUUUUGAAUCUUGGUUUCAAAACCAGAAAAUCGAUUGGCAAUCAUCCAAUCAGAUUCCACCGAGUGCCCCAUUUGAUUCUUGGCCUCGAGCUACAAUCCCAUGUUAUGGGAACACGCUUCCAACCAUGCGUCAAGAACCAUGUGGUUGGUUCUACGGUUUGCCACGUCAUCGCCAGGGUGUUAAUGUCAUCCCUGUGGUUAACAACAAAGAACAACUUCAAGUUACAACUACAAUCCCUGAUGUGGGAAACACCACAAAUGGUGGACAAAAGAAGUUUCUUGUGUUUGAUCAAUCCGGUGAUCAAACAACUUUGAUUUAUAGUUCGGGAGUGGGACCCGCUCCUAUUCGAUACCAAUUCCCGUUGUCAAAUAACCCGAAACCGCAAUCCGGGUCAAACCCGGUUCGUAUUAAUGAAAAUGAUUCAAAAAGUGAGAUGAGGGAGGAUACUGAAGAGCUUAACGCUUUGUUGUAUUCUGAUGAUGAUGAUGAUGAUUAUUCUGAGGAGACGAGUACAGGGCAUUCCCCUAGUUCAAUGAUGUUUGUUGAACAAAAAGGGCAAAAUGGGAAUGGAAAAGAAGAGGAAGUUGCGAGUUCAGGGGGAGAUGGGAAAAAGCGUAAACGGGAGGAUGGGGGUAGUAUUGUAAAUUCACUCGAGGACACUGCAAGCUCGGGGGAAUCUGGGGUUGGGAAUGAGGGAGUUGGAGUGUUUGAGGAAGAAUUGGAUAGUUUGUUGUUGAGUAAUAAGAAAUUGAGGAAAGACAAGAUGAAGGAGACUAUAAAUUUGCUUCAGAAUUUGAUUCCUGGUGAUAAAAAUGGAAAGAGUGCUGUAAUGGUUAUUGAUGAAGCUAUCUGUUAUUUGAGAAGUUUGAAGGAGAAAGCUAAAGAUUUGGGGCUUGAUUCUCUUUAAAAGACGUUCAAGAUUUUUUGUACUUUAUGCUUAUUAUGUGGUACAUUUGAUGCUAACUUGAUUGGAAGGAGAAUUGGGCAUAAAGUUGUUAGCUUUUGUGAAGAUAAAGUUUGGAGCUUGAAGUCGUUUCUUGAAUCAUGGAUUAUGAACAUGUAUGGAUAAUAGUGUGUGUGUGUGUGUGUGUGUGUGUUUGUGGGGGUUUGUAUGUGUUAGGAGAAUUUGGUAAUUUUGUUGUGGGGUUGUGAUAAAGAGGAAGAAUUGACAUAAAGCAUGGAACCUUUCAACGCAUCUUCAGGUGGGAAUGAUGGAUGAUGAUCAUUUUAGGAAGGUAGUGUGUGUUUGUAUGUUUAAGGAGAAUUUGGUAAUUUUGAUAUGCGGUUGUGAAGAAAAGGAAGAAAUUGGUCAUGUUUGUUUUGUGAAGGUAAAGUUUGGAACCCGUGAAGGCAAUCAAGUGGCGUCUUGAAUUAUGGUUUAUGAUCAUUUAGGGAAACUUUUGCGUGCUUUUUUUAGGGAGAAUUUGGUAAUUUUAAUAUGGGGGUUGUGAUGAAGAUCAAGAUUUGGGCAUAAAGUUGAAAUCUUUGUGAAGAGAAAGUUUGAAAACAAUCAAGGCAUCCGUGAGUGGUUCCUUGAUUGACGGAUGGUGAUUUUCUAUGAAAGCUACUGCCUAGUGCCUACAGUGUUGGGGAUAAUUUGGUAAUUUUGAUAUGGGUGUUAGGGAUAAUUUGGUAAUUUUGAUGUGGGGUUGGGAUGAAGACCAAACAUAAAGUUGAAAGUUUUGUGAAGAGAAAGUUUACAACCCAUCAAACCAUGCUCAAGUGUUUUCGUGAAUGAUGGAUAAUCAUCAUACAUGUGAACCACCGUGUGUUAUUUUGUGUGUGCAGGGGCAGUUUAGUAAGUUCACAUGUGGGGUUAGGGUGAAGGUCAAGGAUUGGAUAAAAAAGUUGAAAGCUUGGUGUGUCUUGAGAGUGGGACCCAAUAGUGAUUAUGUCUUGUUUUCUUGUUGGGUAUUUGGUAAUUUUACUGUUGAAACUUGUGUUCUUGUCUUUCCUACCCUGUGAACGUCAAUGGAGGACCACCGCCACCAUGAACCACCACUGUCGGCGGUCUGUAAUGAUGGUUUGGAAAGUCAAUGUACCCAAAUAGUGUUUUUUUUUUUUUUCUCAUUUACUUUAUCAUGUAAUUUCACUUUUUAUAUAUGUAAAUAUAUAUAUCAAUUGUGUGUUUUUUUUUGCA